UGUGUUGUUUCUCACCUUUUCUUUUCCCUCUCUUCCACCCUAUAAAUGCAAUCUCUCUUCCCAACGCCAUUUUUACCAUUUUUAAUUCCUUCCUCCAAUAACACAACGAAACACAGACUUUUCCUUUCUUUUCAUUUUCUUCAAAUCUCUGAAAACAGAGAGAGCAAUAAAUUAAUAACAAUGUCGAGGACUAUUGAAGAAGAAGAAGAUCCUCGCAUCAAUGGCAUCCGAACCAAAAUUCGAGUGGUUCCUAAUUUUCCAAAACCAGGUAUACUGUUUCAGGACAUCACAACUCUGUUACUUGAACCUAAAGCGUUCAAGGAUACCAUUGAUUUGUUCGUUGAACGAUACAAGGGCAAAAACAUCUCCGUCGUUGCAGGAAUUGAGGCUAGAGGGUUUAUUUUUGGUCCUCCAAUUGCUUUGGCUAUUGGAGCCAAGUUUGUGCCCUUGAGAAAACCAAAGAAAUUACCUGGUGAAGUAAUGCAUGAAGAGUACGUUUUGGAAUAUGGAAGAGAUUGCAUAGAAAUGCAUGUUGGGGCUGUUGAGGCUGGGGAACGUGCUUUGGUUGUUGAUGACUUGAUUGCCACUGGUGGUACUCUCUCUGCAGCCAUCAAUUUACUUGAACGAGCGGGAGCCGAAGUGGUUGAAUGUGCUUGUGUAAUUGAAUUACCAGAGUUGAAGGGUCGGGAGAGAUUAAGCGGGAAAUCAUUGUACAUUUUAGUGGAGUAUCGACGCGGUUAAGUUGCCGCAAUGAUCAUGAGGGUGUACGAAGAUAUGUGUACAUUGGAGGACUCCCCCUUCUUGCCAGAUUCAUUUUGAUCUCUCAUCUCACACAGUUUGUUUUUUCGUUCUUGUUCCUCAGCUUCUUGCUUUUGCUCUAUUUAAUCAUUGAAUUUUAUAUUUGGGAACUUUGAAGUUUCACAUGAAAAAGAAAAAGAGAGAUUUAUCUUUCGACCACCAUUCUUUCCUUGACUUACUUGAAGCUUUUUGCUUGGGGGCAUUUGCAGCAGAGAGUCCAAAUAUUGAAUAUGGUUUAUUUGUUGCUAAAGGUAUGAUUAGGGGGAAACAUUGUGACUUCAAAUAAUAUAUGUUUCUUGUGGUUUGUCUA